AUGUCGGAGCAACUACGCAAGAAAGGACGCAGCCUGCGAGGACACACACUGAGCACCGUCCGACGAAAGGUGCCCACGAUGCAGGACGCGAACAGAAGGAAGUUGUAUGGGUCCAGAACCACGAAGAUUCCGCAUCACCACAUCAGCGACAAACGCGCUCUGCGUCAGACAUUCUAUGACUCUCAUCUUGAGAAGAGACUGCAGUUCUUACUCCCUUAUCUUUGUCCCUUGCCUGAGCAAAGCAAAUUCCAGCUGUUGCGCCGUCGAGGACGACGGGUGUUCAGUGUGGCUCCUGGCAUGAAUAGAGAACAAGAGAGACAGAAGCGGUCCGAGAGGUUUCAGCGCCGACGGAACCUGCAGUUCAAUAGCCAACCCACCUCGCGUGACCCAUCUCCAAGCCAAGUUUCGUCCGAGCUCCAAUUGGCGGUUGUCACUGGAGGUUCUAAUCCAGACGUACGUGAGGCAGUUCGAGUCAUGGAAGCUGAAGUCGACAUGUUCAGCCAGAUCAUGGAGCGGGUCAACACCCUAAUUGCAGAGGUUCAGGGGUGCAAGGAGCAAAACGACAGGCUUGAGAACCGACUCCAGCGCCAAGAGGAGAUGCUCAGGGAACAGAGGCAGCUUGAAGAUCGUGCUGAGCGUGAUGACCAACACCAAACCUUAGCUGCACAGAGGGGCGAAGAGAUCCAGCAGUUGCGCCACCAGCUUCAGCAACAACGGGUUGAACUGGAAGAAGCUCGUCACUUCCAAAGCGCGCAACACACUGCACCUACCGACACCACUCAGCAGGCAGAUGAGAGGAAUGAGGAGAUUCAUCAGCUCCGAAGGAGGUUACAAGAACUUGAGAACGAGCUGGCAGGCUCUCGUCCCUCCCGAGUCUCCCUUCGUACUGCACAGGUUGUGGACACCAUUAGCUCAUCUCCUGUACCUCCGCAGCCUCUUCCUCGCAGCCGACCUCAAACUUCUGAGCCAGUGGACCGUCCUUUACCUCCUCAGCCGCAGUUACUGCAGAAUACCCAGCCAUAUCUGCCGCACCAGCCUCUACCUGAAAGGAACUCCUUCCCAUCACAUCCGAGGGACCUCUCUACAAGGUGCUGGAACUGUUCACCUGCCAAUGGCCUGUAG